AUGGGCUUUUUGACUCGAACGGUUAUGCUGCACCGGACAAUCUACGACAUGGACAGCGAGGAUCAAGAGGCCGAUGAAGCUGCGACAAAGCCCACGGCUACCGAGAGUCUGUCGUGCCAUCAGCAUGUCGCUUAUUCGGCCAGUUUCCAGGUGCCAGCGUUCUAUUUCAACAUCUUCGAUUCGAAUGGCAGCCCCUUGCCAAUUUCUGACAUUCUUGAAACGGCGUUCUUCCGUUCCUCCAUCCGUGAAGACACCAAGGCUACGACAUUUGCCGUUAGCGCAGGAGAUGCAGCGUUUCCCCUUCUCUCACAAGGCGACCAUCCCGUAUUAGGAUCGCCAUCCUGGUAUCUCCAUCCCUGCGAAACGGCGAAUGUGGUAGGUGAGCUCAUGGAUGAAAUACAGCACAAUCCUGAUUGGAAUGAUGAAAGCCGCCUGGUCCGCUGGCUGGAAACGUGGUUCAUGGUCGUUGGUACGGCCGUAGAUCUAGAGUAG